AUGAAAGAAAUAAAACAUGUAAAUCCUUCUUAUAUAAAUUCAGGAAUGAUUAAUGACACUACUAAAUGGAAAUGGGGCGAAUAUAAACAAUUUCAUAUGAUUGGAUAUAUUAAUGAUAAUUCUAUUUUAAUAGUAAAUGCUGAUAAUCUACGGGUGUUUCAAGAACUUGUCUUUGACUCACCACCAAUUUCAUUCUCUUUUUCACCUAAAGGAACGCUUAUUAUUUCAACUAAAGAAGUAGUUAUUAUUUAUCAUCCAGAAAAUACAAGAACAUUAUUUCAACCCCCAUUAUAUCAAGAAUAUUCAAGACAAAAUAUACAAGUUGAUUCAGUAAACUUUUUAAAUAUUGAAAAUGAAGAGAAUAAAGAAUAUUUUAUUGUAACAGGUUUAUAUCUUCAGAUUUAUGAAAUUAAAAAACGUGAAUCUGACCAAAUUUUUUCUAUUCCUAUUGUUCAUCAAAAACAUUUAUCUACUUGUAUUGAUGGUAUUCAUUUUACUACUUGGGGUGAUAAAAAUUUUGUUAAAGUUUGGAAAUAUAUUCGUGAAACAAAUAAAGUUAUAGUACAAUAUAUUAAAACAAAUGGUAAAGUUAAAUUUGCUACUUGGAGAAGAAAUUGGACACAAGGAUCACCAACAUUACUUGUUAUUUGUGAUGAACAAUCAACUACAUUAUGGUAUGAUAACCCAUCAUCAAUUCAAAGUGAACCAUUUUCUUUAUUAUGUUUUACUGGAUUAUAUAUUCCAUCAUCAGAUGGAUUAGUGUCAUGGAUUUAUUAUCAUCAUAAAUUACAUAAUCCAUAUUUUCCAAUUUCUAAACCAAGUGAAUCAACGUCAUUAAGUGGAUUUCAUAGUGCGUCAUUAUGCCAACGAUUACUUCCAAAAAUAGAUAUUCCACGACAAUUUCCACCUGAUUAUUUAAUUCAAUUUGAUGGAACAAAAAUUAUUAUAAUAACUGUCUCUUUUACCCCUCAAGGAACUCCAAUUAUUGAUUUUUCUGAGCCAAUUCUAUUACCUGAUAAUUAUUACAAAACAUUUAAUUUUAAUAAAAUUAAUUCAUUUAUCCCUAUAAUUUGUGUUAUUAAUAAUUGUAAAAUAAGUAUUUAUCAAAAAGAAGCAUCAGAACAAUAUGAAUUAGAAGCAAUAUUAGGUGAUUCUUCUAAUGAUAUUGUUAUUUGUGAACAAAGAUCAGGAUAUAUUGAUGUUUUAAUUGGAAAGAAAAAUGUUCUUGAGUGGUGGGUACCAUCAACAAUUGCAAAUAUUAGAACAUAUAAUUCUGGAUAUGAACUAUUAGAUUCUAUUCAAUUUAGUGAAAAAAUAGGAGCAAUAGGAAUAACAAAAGAAGGUACUACUAUUGUUGCAAUAGGAAAAAAAAUUCUUGUUUAUAGUAAAUGGGAACAAAAUAUUCAAAGAAUUGUUCAAUGUAUUGAACCUCAACAAAGUUAUUCAUUAUAUCAUCCAAGAUGUUUAUUACAAUUAUUAUUUGCUGGUUCAUUUAAACAAGUUGAAAUUAUAUUAUCAGUUUAUUUAGAAGUUAUGAAAAAUUCACAACCAUUUCCAUUAAUUUAUGAUGAUGUUUAUGAAAUAUAUAAUUCAAAUGAUAUUUAUCAAAAAGAACCACAACAAUUAUAUUCAGAAAUUAUUGAACUAUUACAACAAAUUAGAGAUACUUCAAUAACUACAUCUGAACAAGCCUGUAUUGCUGCUAUUUGUGAAGCACUAAAAAUAAUUAAUUCAAUGGAAGGACUUGAUGAAUGUGGAAAGAAUUAUUUUAUUUCAUUUAAAUUAGAUUGUUUAUUAAAUAAAAUUUGUGGAAAAAUUAUGACACCAAUUGAUUUUAUUUGGGCAUAUCAUUCAGAAGCAAAAGAAUCAUUAAAAAGAGAAUUAGAAAUAAUACAAGUUGAUUUAAAUGGUGCAAUUGAAAGAGGAAUUGGAUAUUGGAUGUUAAAUAAAACAGAAUUAUUAAAAGAUAUGUUAUCAAAUAUAGCAAAAAUUGAAUAUAUGAAAAAGAAAGAUCCAAAUGAUGUUGCAAUUAUAUAUAUAUUAUUAGGAAGAAUUCCUGCACUUGCAGCAUUAUAUCGAUUAAAUAAAGAAAUGAAAAUUAGUGAUUUUUUAAUGAAAGAUUUUAAUAAUGAAAGAAAUAAAAUAGCAGCUAUUAAAAAUGCAUAUGUAUUAAAUAGUCAACAUAAAUAUAUUUUAUCAAUUGCAUUCUUCUUAAUUGGUGGAGCAAUUACUGAAGCAAUUCAAAUUUCAUUUGAUAAAUUAAAUAAUAUUGGACUUGGUUUUAUAAUUGCAAAAAUAUGUAGUUUAAAUUUUGAAACAACUUUAAGAAAUGUUUUAUUACCUGAAGUAAUUAAAAGAAAUGAUAUUGUUGGUCAAUUCUUUUGUUAUAUUCAAUUAAAAGAAUAUCAAAAUGCUAUUAAAUCUUUAAUAUUAAUGAAAGAAGAACCAACACUUUUUUAUUUAUUAGAAUAUUUUAAAAGUGAUGGAUUAUUAAAACAAAUGUAUGGAGUUAAUGAAAUUGAACAUUCUUCAUUUGAUUUUAUGAAAAGAAAUAUUCAUUUAUAUUUAAGAAAUAGAUGUUCUCCUCUUGCUUAUCAUUUUCUUGAUGCUCAAUUUGAUCAUACUUCAAUUCAUUCUAAUUCAACAACACCAACAAAAAAUGUUCCAAUAUCAAAUACAUCAAAUGAUGAUUGGUUUGAUGAUUUUAUGAGUAAUAGUGCACCAAUAAUUGAAGAAAAGAAAAAAGAAAUUUCAAUUAAUCAAUGUUUCCCUAAAUUAAUUGGUGAUUUAGAUAUUAAUUCAAUGAAAAUUAUUGCUCAAACAAUUGCAGAACAUUUGAUUCAUAGAUUUGUAUUACUUUCAAAAUCAUUUGAAAAAGAUCCAAUACUUCAAAAUUUUGUAGUAAAUAGAAUAGUACCAUUUUUAAAUAAUUUUGGUAUUGAAAAAGAAUCUGUUAUUACUACAUUUUAUGAUAUUUGUACAUUAACAGAUUCUAUUGAUGUGUUAUGUAUUUCUUCUUGUCUUAAUGAACAAGAAGUUAAAAUUAAUAAUUCUCUUCAAGACUCUCCUUUUGUUUCUUCAUUUGUUGAUCAAGGAAUAAAUUAUUCUACUUCAAAAAGACUUCAAAACGAUGAUAUUAAAAUUCCAAUUCCAGUUAAACAACGAAUUAUUACUUCACCAAAUCUUCUUCUUUCAUCAGAACCAAAAACACCUUCAAUUAAAAAACAAAUUUUACCAAAAUUAUCAAAUAGUGUUUCACCAAAAAUGGCAACAUCCAGUUGUCUUGGAAUGCAAUUUAUUAAAAAGGCAGAAGAACCACUUUAUUUAUAUUUAAUUUCAAGAGUAUUUCCACCAGUUCAUUCAUUAAAUGCUUUAUCUCAUUUAUAUUCAGAAGCAUAUCAUGUAUUUGUUACUCAUUUAAAUAAACAAUUACAAAUUCCAAAAGAAUUUGUUAGUUUAAUGGUAAUAUUAAUAUUUGUUGUAUCUGGAAGAAUUAAAAAUUAUGAUUUAGUUUUUAAAUUAAUUUCUACAAAAGAUAGAACAUUAAAUGGUAUUUGUUCUAUUCUAAAAGAAUGUAUUAAUGAUGCACAAGAAGAAAAUCAAGAAAUGAGUGAUUCUGAACAAUUUGUAACUGGUUUAUUAAUCUUAUUUACUAUCCCAUUAAUUUCUGAAUUACUUAAAGAAGUUGGAUGUAUAAAAACUGAUUUAAUGUUAAAAAAAUGGAAAGAGAGUUUAAUUAGUUAUACAAGUUAUUUAACUCCUACAAAACUUUUAGAAGAAGCACCAACAGAAUUUUCAUUUAGAAUAUUUUCUAAACAAGCAAUUGAAUAUUCAGAAAAUGCUUGUCAAAAUAAUAAAUCAAUGAAAAUGUUAUACAACUAUAUUAAAAAUAAUCGUGCUGAUAUCGUACGAAGUACAAUGAAUUUUGUUUUUAAUUCUACUAGUCUUCCUUCAUAUGUUAAAGAAGUUGAACCACAAAUUAAUGUUCCUCAAUCAAAAAAUACUUUAAUGAUUGACACUCCUCCUGUUUAUUCAUAUUGUUGUUCGUAUGAUAAUAAUUUUGUUAUUUAUUCAACUAAAGAUGGAAUAAAAAGAUUAGCAAAAUUUAAAGGAGUUCAUAACGAUAUUCAAUUUUGUUUUUAUGGAAUGCAUCCUCAAACAAAAAGAGCAGUAAAAGUAACUCAAUUUAUUGGAAAUUGUAUGGAUGCUAAUCCUAAUCAUCCUUAUUUUGUUGUUGGAACAGAAGAUGGUUUAGUAUUAAUAUUUAAAUAUUCUCAAGAUGAAGCCAUUCAACAAACAGCUAUUCAUAAUAAUAUCUCCCCAAGUUUAAAUGGAAAUGGACCAAAAGGAUUUGGAAUUAAAAGUGUUAAAUGGAAUAAUGCAGGAACUAAAUUUAUUGUUAGUGAUGCAAUGGGUUAUGUCGCUGUUUAUAGAUUUACAGUAAAUGAAAUUACAAUGAUUUUUAGUGAACGUAUAUUUGAUCAUGGUGUAGAUGCUUGUUUUAUUGGUGAAAGUAUGUUUUUUGUUGCAACUGGAAAUAAAGGAAUAAAAGGAGAAGUUGUUAUUGGUAAUUUAUUAGAAUCAAAUACUAUUGUUACUCGAACAGUUGUUGGUAUUGUAAAUGCUAUGUGUCUUGUACAACGAUUUGGAAGUGUUAUUAUAUCAGAUAAUGAUGGAAUUAAAUUUGUUGAUUUACAAACUGGAAGAGUUUUUAAUGAAAAAAAAUAUGAAAAAGGAGUUUGUGCAGUUGCAGUUGAUACUUAUUCACUUGUUUUAUUUGUUGGAUUAUCUGAUGGAAGAAUAUUAAUGAGUCAUCUUCCUGAUUUAGAACAAAAUGAAGAAAUAGGAAAACAUGAAUAUACCCCAAGAGGUGGAAAAUUAUUUAAACUUUUGACAAGCUCAAAUUAUCAUGCAGUAAAUAAAUUAGGAGUUGUAUGGUUAGAUAAAAAUUCACAACCAGAAUUAUAUUCUUGCUCUAAUGAUGGAAGUUUGAUUCAACGUUCUUUAAUUUAUUUCCAAUAA